UUGAUGAAGAUCUUUGGUAGCUUGAACAUAUGCGCUUGACAACAAGACGAUAGCGAGCUAGCAAGUCAUGUCUUCCUGAAACAAAAAUACAUUUCUAUGCAGACUACGGUGACUUUUUGCCAAGUUUAGCUACUAGAACAGUAGGCUAAGCGUACCUUAACACCACGACAGGCCGAAUAUACCAGCUUGUAAUACCUAACAAUCCUAGAAAGUGACGUUAUUAUAAGCCUACUCCUGAGAUAGUUUGUAACAUCCAUCCAUUUCCUACCGCUUAUUCCCUUUUUGGGGUCGCAGGGGGCGCUGGCGCCUAUCUCAGCUACAAUCGGGCGGAAGGCGAGGUACGACCUGGACAAGUCGCUAUCUCAUCGCAGGGCCUAGUUUGUAACAGUGGAGCUAAAAGUCAGCAUUGGGGGUGAUGUGUUGGUUAUGAGCGAUGGAGGACAAUCAAUGUGGGGACCUGGACUACCUCAUCCAAGAUGAAGAUUCUUUCAUAGAAGGUGUCAGCAACCAAGUUGUGUUUGUGGUGGUGCUCACUAUCACCUUCCUGGCAGGGAUCCUCGCGCUGCUCUGCAGGGAAGACCAUCAGAAUAUUCAUCCAGAGAAUCAGGAGCAUGUUCGAGCUGUUCGACAGCAGCUGCAAACGGAACAGGAGGAAAAUCCUCAGCCGGAAACAAGGCAGCAGUAUUACACGGACAUGUCUUGCCCUGUGUGUUUACAACAGGCUGUCCUGCCUGUCGAAACCAAUUGUGGUCAUCUAUUCUGUGGAUCAUGUAUUAUAGCCUACUGGAGGUAUGGCACCUGGUUGGGUGCCAUUAAGUGUCCCAUAUGCAGACAAAUGGUAACGCUGCUCUUCCCGCUUUUUCAUCAGCACACCACGCCUCAGAGAGUCCAGGAUGGCACAGCGGUACCUCAGCUGAUCUUAAGAGACAUCAACGAUUAUAACCGACGCUUCUCAGAUCAGCCGAGAUCUCUAAUGGACCGCCUGCGAGACGUGCCAACCCUCCUCCGCCAUGCCUUCAGGGAGAUGUUUUCCAUGGGCGGCCUCUUCUGGAUGUUCCGCAUUCGAAUUAUCCUCUGCCUGGUUGGCGCCCUCACCUACCUGGCCUCGCCCCUAGACAUCCUCCCCGAGGCGCUUUUCGGCCUGCUGGGAUUCAUGGACGACUUCUUUGUCAUCCUACUCUUCUUUAUUUACAUCUCAAUCAUGUACCGCGAGGUGGUGACGCAGAGACUGAACGGCUAGGUCAAUGAGACACACAAAGCCUGCUUUCUUCACGCUCCGAGAUCGUUUAAGAAGGUGUAUAUAAAUUACCGAACUUGAUCAAUACUUUUGGUCUGCUCGAAGGGCUUAGAGAAAGUUGGCAGCAAGAAUACUUGAUAGGCUCAUACAAAGCAAUUCAACCAAUACAUGGAGGGGAUACCAUUGCUUAGUGAUCAUAUUUCCUCUGUGUCCAAGGUUGUUAACUUACCCAACUUCAGAGAUUGCCAGGUGUGUAUUAUAGGUGGAAGGUCUUUAUUUGUACAAAUAGCGUCUGCAUAUUUGUGUUCGCUUUCCCCCAACUUUAAUUAUAUCUUAGUUAAAUGAUGUAUGGUGUCAGUCAUUACGAUAAGAGGAGAAAGUGCAACACUAUUUUGGCUGCCACUGUAUAUAUAUAUUGCUAUAUCAUUAUACUAGCAUAUUGUGAUGAUUUAGCAUUGUCCUAAAUUCAGUUGUAUUUGUACAAAUGGGUCAAAAUGAAUGACUCGAGACUACCACUGUUUUAGUUUGGUCUACAGUGGCUAUUGGAUGACAGAGUAAAGCUAAACUGUUUAACAUUAUAAAGGAGCAACAAAGAGGCGUUUAUUAAAGAUGAGGUGAUAAUUCGUCAAAAUAAGGCACUUUUUGGAGUAGAGGCCAAUCAAUAUUGGUAGAAAGGUGGUACUGUUAUUUGAUGGGACCUUUUUAUCGAUGCUCUUUAAUGUUAAAUUAUAUGAGUAUAUUUAAGACACCAUCAUGUGACUCUUACAACCUGCUUGUGUGUGUGCCUGUAAUCUAUAUCAUAAUGCAAGACAAUUAGUCAAUUUUGAUAACUGGGCUUGAAAAAUAAAUGGCACUUCAGCAAUGCGCAAAUAACAA